UUGGGGCAGAUCCCUAUUUGCUCUGGUUUAUCGAAAUUAAACCGGUGAUUUUUAAGAACUGGAUGAAAUAAAACAUGAAAACUUAAAAAUUGAAUUUUUCGAUUCCUUUGCAUGUCUUGUCGAAACCUGAAAGCUUGAGUAUUUUCUUUAUAUUUUUCGUUUGAGAGCCAAAAACACAAGCAAUUAAGCAAAUCCCAACUCUCUUUUUCAUUGAAAUCCCGAAACAAUUAGGUCGUGGAUUAAGCUUUUGUAACAAGAGCAGAUGGAUCACUUAAGCAAUUUACCAGACGAGCUUCUUUGCCAUAUUAUGUCCUUCCUUACCACCAAGGAGGCUGCUUUGAUAUCGGUUCUCUCCAAAAGGUGGCGCAAUUUGAUUGCAUUUGUCCCUAAUCUUGAUAUUUUUGACUGUGAUAUUCUGCAUUGGGAGGUGCGUAAAGAGGAAAGGGACGAUAUUCGACAGCUCUUCAUGGAUUUUGUGGAUAGAGUUUUGGCAUUGCAAGGUAACUCUCCCUUAAAGAAAUUCUCCCUCUGUUGUGGCGGCGGUUCUUAUUCGGAUAGAGUGGAUUGUUGGAUACAGAAUGUGAUGGUGCGUGGUGUUUCGGAGCUUGAUCUAUCAAUGAUUUUUGAUACCUCUUAUCAUAUGUAUCCACAAGUUUUCGAGAACAAGAAACUAAAUUUUGAGAUUUUUCUUCGUGCUUUGCCUGCGCUUGAGGAAUUAGUCAUGAAUCAUAUAUACUGGAAAGAAUUGGAUGUGAAUGUGCAUGUAUCUGUAUCAAGUGCAAGCCUCAAGACCCUAACAAUAAAAUGCAUCGUUUGUUUACAUACUAAGUCAUUUGAUACACCUAGUCUUGCUUACUUAUCUUACUCUGAUUAUGCCAUGGGAGAUUAUCCCGUAGCUAAAAUGGAAAACUUGUUUGAGGCUCGAAUCAGCCUUUUUGUACCUGAAGACGAUAUCAGCCGACUUAUGAAUAGCAUUCGAAAUGUUCGGUAUCUCUAUUUCUCUCGUGAUACUCUUGAGGUGCUUUCUCUAUGCUGUGAAUCGAUGCCAGUGUUCAAAAACCUCAAAUCUUUAUCUAUCAAGAGUGUUGAGAGUCGAGGAUGGCAAGCAAUGCCAGUUCUUCUAAGGAACUGUCCACAUUUAGAAACUCUAGUCCUUGAGGCUCUCUUGCACCAUGUAACUGAUAAAUGCGGGGAUGCUUGUGCCUGCGUCUCUCGGGAGGAGAAAGGUCGUUCGCUCAAAUCUUGUCCAGUAAAAGUGUUAGAGAUUAAAGAGUUUCAAGGAACAAUGAAAGAGAUGCACAUGAUAAAACAUUUCCUGGACUAUCUUCCGUGUUUGAAGGAGAUGAAAAUCUCCUAUAUGAAAAAGAAUGAUCAUACUACACAGUUCAGAGUCAUCCCUCAAGUUAUUGCAGAGAUGGUGGAACACUACAACAAGUUAUCUAAUUGCAAUGUCCAGCUUGUAGUGAGUGGUUAA